AGCGCACAUAAGCAUAUUGGAAGUGAUGUGAAUGGAACGACUCUACGGACUCUGUACUACCCUCCGGUGAACAGCACAUGUGUGAAGGAAAAUCAGCUGCGCUGUGGUGAGCACUCUGAUUAUGGUAGUAUCACGUUGGUCUUCCAAAGCUCAGAGGGUGGACUGCAGGUUCUGAACCGGGCUGGAGAGUUCAUUUCAGCCCCCAGCAUUCCUGGAACAGUUCUGAUUAACAUAGCAGACCUGAUGCAAAGGUGGACCAGUGAUGUCUAUGUGUCUGCCGUUCAUAGGGUUUUGCUGCCCCCUGCAGGUGACUCCAGCACACGUCAGUCUUUGGCCUUCUUUGUACAACCUGAUGAUGAGGCCAUCAUUUCAUGCUGCGAUGGAUCAGAUAAAUAUCCUCCUGUUAAGUCAGUUGAUUACCUUCUAUCAAGGUUUAACGAUACUUACGGCAAUAAACAUAUCCCGUUUUAAGUGGCUGAUACCGAUUCCGAUUUUAACGAAUCACUAUUGGCCGAUUGUUACGACCCGCUCGUUUAAGGUUGCAACAUAAAAGAGGGAUCAGACAACAAAGUCUAAUCAAAGCAAAUUGUUUUAUUACAUUAAACUAUUACAACAACAAUUAAUAAUGA